UUGGUGCAGUUGGGAGAUAGAGGCAGUGCCAGAGAGACUGCUCCUGUCCCUGUCCACCCUCUGCCUCGCCCCAGACCCAAGUGGACCUCCCCCAUCAGUGAAGCUGAGCCUCCCACACCCCCAUUCUGCAACCUUUCCCAUCCCCGCGGCACCCUCGGGGAAGUCAGGCCUAGGGUCUAUCAGGAUCAGGCACCUCUCCUCCGGACUUCUGAUUGUGGUCCCGUCUGCCAGUCACAGCACCAACCCCGACAUGGCGCUCUUCAUCUUGGCUUUGACCUUGGUGGCUGCAGCCGCGGCCACGGAUAAGGAGAAGAUCAUUGCAGGCGAGAAGUGCAAGGAGGACGGGCACCCGUACCAGGUGGCCGUCUACCGGGGCGGGGGGCUGCUCUGUGGCGGCGUCCUCAUCCACCCCGGCUGGGUCCUCACCGCUGCCCACUGCCGGAAACCGCAGCUGCAAGUCCUCCUGGGCAAAUACAACCUGCACAAGCAGGAGGAGUUCCAACAGCUGAGCCCGGUAGCCCAGCCCUUCCCUCACCCGGACUACGACCGCGGGCGCCAUGACAACGACAUCAUGCUGCUGCGCCUGGCCCACCCUACCCCAGUGUCCCGCCACAUCAAGCCCCUGUCCCUGGAGACCGACUGCAAUGCCAACAGCUCCAGUUGCCUCAUUUCUGGGUGGGGCAAGACCGACAGAGAGGGGGUCUACCCUGACGUACUCCAAUGUGCCUCGGUCCACCUGGUCUCCCAGGAGGCCUGCAAGCGCGCCUACCCGGGCCAGAUCACGGACAACAUGAUCUGCGCUGGUGAGCACGACGGAGGCAAGGACUCGUGCCAGGGUGACUCAGGAGGUCCUCUGGUCUGCGGGGGCCGACUCCGCGGGCUCGUGUCAUGGGGCGAGGUUCCGUGCGGGACGGGGGAGAAGCCGGGGGUCUACACCAAUGUCUGCCGCUACGUGGACUGGAUCCGGGAAACGAUCCGUGGCAACUGACCCUCCGGAAGCCGGGCCUCCAGGAGAGAGCCCCUCCGCCCGGCCCCUCCGGCCUUCCCGGUGCCUCAGCCCGUCCCCGUGGCUUCCGAUGGACUUGGAUCGAGGUCCUCGCUGCCUCCCCACCGCCCCGCCCCAGUUGGCUCCUUCUGGUGGGGGAUGGUGGCCGGGACCCUCGCCUCUGGGGUUCAACUGCCUCACGUACCAUGGUGGGGGCCGGGAGCUCCCUCAGGGAAGUUGGGCAAAGGAAGAGAGAAGCGGGAGGGAAGAUCCAAAGAUGUAAAAUAAACAUGUCUUUCUGUCUGUU